UUAUGUCAUCAAUUCACAAUCAAUGUUUUCAAAAAAAAAAAAAAGUCAAUUCACAAUCAAUUGAUUUAAUCAAUCGAAAUUUAAUAUGUAUAAAAUAGGAAAUAAAAACUAAGUUAAAAGUUGAAUACAUUCAGUAUGGAUAUAUUUUUUUUAAACGCCCAAAAUAGUAUAUGAGUCUAACAAAUUGAAACAGAAAAAGUAAUAUGUAAUUUUCUCCUUAUUUUAAAAUAAGUAAUCCUCCAAAGUAAGGCUAAAAAAUGAAAAUGAAAAUGAAAAAGACAAAGCAAAAGGCUAGAAAAAGCUAAUCACACGAUAAAAGUAUAAGACAAUGGAGAGAGAAAGAAAAGAAAAGAAAAGAGAGCAACUUCUCCACUUCUCAUCAAGUACUACAGUACAACACUACUAUUUAUGUCUCUCUAAAAAUCAAUUUGGUACUUUUUCCCUCUUUCCGACAAAUUAGGGUUUAUGUUCUGCGAAGAAUGUGCUAAAUCAAAUUAUUUGGAUUUUAUUCUUCUUACUAUUUCUUCAAUUCCUUCCAUCAUUCUCUCUUUAGUCAACUGUGUUAUUUCCCAGGUCUGAUAUCAAGGCAUAAAGUUGGUACCAUGCUAUAACAUUUUGAAGAAGAUGCUAAAGAUGGAACUAUGUCUUUAAUAUUCCUUGGUGUAGAUAUCCAUGCAUAUAUUUUUAUUUUUCUAUCAUAAAGUGGUACCAACAAACUACCAUCUCUCUUUAUCCAAUUUGUGUAAAAUUCUCGAUAUAUAUGUUCUCUUUGGAGAAUACCUUAGAAAUGUUUCAAUAUAGAACAGUGAUAAAAUGGUUGUCUUGUGUACAUUGAUCUUCUUGUAUGUUGUGACCGUGUAAAGAGUGUAGUAAUUUCAAGGCUAGUAUUUGGUAGCUUGUUACAGUUUAAAGGCAAGGGGGAUUAUUCUUGUGGGUCUCACAAAACAUAGCUAAGACGGGGUCUCUUUGUUGUGUGGCCGCUAGGCCACAUGGGUCAAAUGCUGCAAGCCGGGAGUGGCCUAUGGGGCCUCAUGAACCAUAUUGGCGAACUAAUACAAGCUUCUCACCACCACCAUCUAGAUGGGACUAUGGCUUCCAGCCUGAAGGGAUACAGUAUGGCUCUAGUGACAGCAUUCAGUUGUUUGGAUCUACAUCGUCAAACAGUAAAGAAAGCAGGAGCUGGAUAAGAGGUGGUUAUCAUCCAACUCACCAAUAUUCUGCAUCUGAGGGUGGUGCCCUGUAUUUUAGCAGUCCGUCUGAUGCUUCAUUAAUCCAGCCAUGGACACCCCCACCAGUGCGAGGAGUGAGUAUUGAUGAAUUUGAAACUGCUACCAGGAGAGAUACAAUAUCUGGGCCGUUAAGCUUCACCCCUACACUGGAGGGUUCUUCCGUGGUUCGAGAUGGUGGGGGAUUCACUUCACCUCGUUCAGAUGGUAGUGAGUUCGAGCACAUAGGAAAGCAUAGCCUUUCAACCCCGCGGAACUUCCCCAGUCAUCGUUCUUUCAUUUCCAAACCUGUACAUCCUCUAUCCUUCCCAGUUCAUUCAUUUACAAGAGAAGUGUCUGCGAGCCCUGCUGCUGGACUUCCUGCAUAUGAUGCUACCACUCCCCAGAGCGAUUCUCAUCGGUUGAGCAGUGGCAGCAGCAGUAUUGAUUUGACUGAUAUUUCUGAGCGACUUGAAUCUGAGUUUCUUGCUCGAACCUCUAAUGCAAAUGAGGGCUUUAAAUGUGGAUUAUGUGAUAGAUUACUUUCUCAGAGAUCACCUUGGAGCUCUAGACGGAUUGUUAAAACUGAAGAUAUGCCUGUUGCCGGGGUUCUUUUUUGCCGGCAUGUUUUCCACGCAGAAUGCUUGGAUCAGACAACUCCAAAGUCCCAUAAAAAUGACCCUCCUUGUCCUAUUUGUUCCAAACUCGAAAGAGAAUAUUCUCCCGAGCAGCAUACUUUGCCAAGGCUGCGCAAUAAUUUCCCAAGACUAAGAACUUUCAGUGAAGAGGGAUCAUCAAGAACUUGGGGCUGCGUUCAAGCUAGUGAUAGUGUUGAGGGAGCCCUGCAUACUCCUCAGAAAAGCAGUAUGUUUGUCCUGAGCCGACAGAAAAUAAAAAACAGUUUCUCUCACAAGGGUAACACUGGCAAAGAUUUUCCUAGCAAGCUGAAGAAAACAAGCUCUCACCCGCUGCAUCUUUUUGGUGGAAGAUUUUCUGAUUAUGGUGCAGGUGGGUGCUCAAAGACUGCAGCUGGUCCUAGCAUUAAGAAAGGAUGAAGCAUGCUAUCAAGUUAAAAAUGUCCUAAAUAUCCGUAGCAAUUGUUUUUUUAUAGCCUGGUGACUGGCUGACUGCUAUGAUAAUUUUGAAUGGUAGGAGAAAGGAAGCGCGGGUCAUUUCCGAUGUAUGGUUUUGUUAUAACAUUAUAAAUCUUAGGUGUAAAUCUGUAGUUUCUUUUAACUGAAUUUUUCAUCUUUUGGUUUUACAUUUGCUAAUACAUUAUUUGCUGAUGGUUGUCAAACAUCCAUAUUGCAGUUAGAUUCUUAUAUGAUGGUCUCAAGUUUCUUGUUUAUAUAUUGAAGAUGUGUAAAAACUCUGGUAUGAUUUGAGUUUUUUCAUUU